AUGGAAGAUAACAAGGAUGAGAAGCGUUAUCUCGCACAAAUUGACGAAAUAUUGACCGAUGGAAAAGUACGAUCCGAUAGAACUGGAGUGGGAACCAUUUCCAUUUUCGGUAUGCAAAGCAGAUAUAGUUUGAGAAAUGGAGUCAUUCCUCUUCUUACCACCAAAAGAGUAUUUUGGAAAGGUGUUCUAGAAGAGCUUCUCUGGUUCAUAAAAGGUGAAACAGAUGCCAAAACUCUCUCAAGCAAGGGAGUCAAAAUUUGGGAUGCUAACGGUUCUAAGGAUUUUUUGAACAAGCUUGGCUUCGUAGAUAGAGAAGAAGGAGAUUUGGGACCUGUUUAUGGUUUCCAGUGGAGACAUUUUGGAGCUGAAUAUAGAGGCCCUCACGAGAAUUAUGAGAACCAAGGAGUUGACCAAUUAAAAGAUGUCAUUGAUCAGAUCAAGAAUAACCCAACUAGCAGAAGAAUCAUUCUUUCAGCAUGGAAUCCCGCUGAUCUGGGAAAAAUGGCUUUACCACCAUGUCAUACUCUAUGUCAGUUCUACGUACACGAUGGAGAACUUAGUUGUCAACUUUACCAGAGAAGUGGUGAUAUGGGUCUCGGUGUUCCUUUUAACCUAGCUAGCUAUGGAUUGUUAACACAUAUGAUCGCUCAUGUUUGUGGAUUGAAGACUGGAGAUUUCGUUCAUACCUUGGGAGAUGCUCAUGUAUACCAGAACCACGUUGAACCUCUCAGAGAACAGUUGAAAAGAACUCCUACCGCUUUCCCCACAAUUGAGUUCUCAGAUGAUGUGAAGAGUAUAGAUGAUUUCACUGCUGACAAAAUAAUUUUGAAAAAUUAUAACCCCCAGGCAACAAUAAAAAUGGAUAUGGCUGUUUGA